AGUGUUUCUAACGAUGGUCUUACUUGUGUUGUUCUUUGAGAUUUUGGCUCUCGCCUCCACUAAAGGUAAAGUGUGCUAUGGUAAAUAUGGCAGCUUUAACAACAGCUACCCAUUCAAUCGUKCUGUGGACAUCUUGAAACCCCUCCCUGUGCCUCUGCCUCAGUGCCCCGACSAGGUCGGCACAACGUUUCACUUGAUGACGAAAUCAAGCAACGUCAUCAUUGAUGACAGUGACGUAACUAAACUCCAGGCCAGCAGCUAUGAUGGACAGAAGAAGACGAUUAUGUUGAUUCAUGGAUACACUGAAAAACUCGAGACGUCGAAAUGGCUUAAUGAUCUAAAGGAUGCCUUACUCGACAACGAAGACGCCAACCUAAUCAUUGUYGAGUGGAAGGAGGGAGCUGCGAAAUURUACCCAACGUCUGUGGCAAAUACACGUUUAGUUGGAGCGCAGAUUGCAGUAAUGAUCAAGUUUCUUAAUGCACAAACUGGCAAUACUCCAUCCUCGUUUCAUUUGAUCGGGUUCAGCUUGGGUGCUCAGGUCGCUGGUUACGCCGGCAGAAGGCUGCAGUCGGUAAAACUUGGCCGCAUCUCAGGACUCGAUCCUGCUGGCCCGUAUUAUUACAAGGAGCAUACCGACGUGAGACUGGACGCUAGUGAUGCUGACUUUGUUGAUAUCAUUCACACUGACACUGAUGCUUUUGGUUUGAUAACACCAUGCGGACACAUUGACUUUUAUCCUAAUGGGGGACGCAGGCAAAGAGGAUGUGGAUUGGACGUUGCUUGUGACCAUGGCCGUGCAACUCAGUACUACAUUGAAUCCGUAAAAAGUUGUCCAACUAAAGGUUAUCCGUGUCAAGACUGGUAUGGAUUCACAAGUGGUAAAUGCAUGUCGUGUCAGUCAGGAUGCCCACGAAUGGGACACGGGGCAAGCGACAUGAAAGACGUAAAAGGAUCGUUUUACUUGUACACCAACGAACAAUCUCCAUUUUGUGUGCACAGCUAUCUGUACGUAACAUUCGAGACAUCACCUGCAAGCUGGAAAGCCUGGUUGGUUGGAGGAAAAAAUGCCAAAAUUCGUAUUUUCGGAACCAAUGGUGACAGUGGAAAAAUUGAACUUGAAAAGUAA